AGAUAAAACAGUUAAUCGGUAUUUGUUUUAGUAAGAUAAUGACUUAAUAAUUGGCUUUAUUGAUAAGGCGGCGCUGCAAGACGCGUUGUGUAGUGGUUAGGACAUCUGUUUAAUCAACGUUGGAUAUUCAGGUGUGUGCUAGUUCUUGCUCGUGAACUCUCGUGUGUGGAAUUGGUCUUCUGGAAGGUGUUGAUUUACUGACAUCAUGGAUACCUCUGUGAAAGAAGAGAUCUAUUUUGAUGGGUUCUCGGACUGGUUCAUCCAUGCAACCCCUCUAGAACCUCUGUGGAAAAAUCAGCCAUCUUAUUUAAUAGCUCAAGGGUCUUACCUUCUUGGAGGAGUUUUCACUCUUAUUCAUGCACUGCGAGGGGGUGGGAGGCUGCGGUACCUCUGGCUAGCCACGAUACUCCAUGGACUGGCAGUAGAGAGUAUCUGCUACGUGCUGCCUGAUGUAGACAAUUUCUGGCACUCGCAGACUCCACUCAUGUUCUUUGGUAGAAGGCUGCCUCUACACAUUAUUCUACUCUAUCCUUGCUUCAUUUAUCAGGCUUCUAUUGCAGCUGCUCAACUGAGACUUUCAAAGUGGGCUGAGCCUUUUGCAGUGGGCCUGCUGGUUGUGCUGAUAGAUGUUCCAUAUGACAUCACCAGUGUUAAGUUUGUCCACUGGUCAUGGCACGACACAGAUCCGAACAUUGCGGAUCGUCACUACUGGGUACCUUGGAACUCCUAUUAUUUUCAUCUGACCUUCGCUGCUAGCUUUGCAUUCUGGUUUCACUCUAUUCGACGCUGGUUGGCGCCACAGAUACCUAAAUGGCAAUCUUCAAGCAUUGGUAUAGAGGUGGUCAGUAUGGUGCUGGCUUCUAUCUUGGGCCCACUGGGUGGGGUACUACUGUUUGUUCCUAUAUACCAUCCCCUUCAUGACAUGUUCCACAUUCACUCCGAAGUGACUUUCUUCAUUCUGCUGACUUUCUCUGUGCUUCUAGUCUGGUCAGAGGAUAGGACUCUCAACCGCUUGGAGUCUGACAGCAUCAGAUUGCGAUGGAGGUGGCUGCCACUUGUAGCUCUGAUUGUUCACUAUUCUGUGUAUAUGGGACUAGUCAUCUGGGGGCAGCCAGAGAGAGAGGUGUCUGUGGGCCUGCACGAACCUGUCGGACCUUGCAGUGUCACUCGUCCAGUGCAGACCAUACUUGGGGUUUUGAAAAAGAAAGAAUUCCUGUGUGCUGUGGACUAUGAUGAAGCCUACUUUGAUUUCCACUGUGUUCAUGGGGGUCAUCCCAAAGGAAAAGCAAAGUGGUACACCAUUUGUGGCACACCUUUCGAUAACCGAGCAGAAUAUAUCACUGUAGUAUCCACCAUUACUCUGCUAGCACUUGGCAUCUUCUGGAACAUUUACUUCAACACAGCAAAACACCAGAUACAUUCACUUCAAGAAACGAAAAGUAUUUCCACUAAAAAACAAAAGUUUCAAUAAACUGUGUUUUUUGUGAUGUA